CCCUGUGGAGUGUUAGAUACUGGGAGGAGGCUGGACUCAGUCAAACAUUAGUGAACAGUCUGCUGCAGUGUAAAUUGUAGUAGUGAAGAGUUUCUGGCACCAUGGCUGUAAGGCUUUGUGAAUUCCUCCUGCUUGCAGUUCUUCUCAGUGGAGUUCAUGCAUCAAGGCCAGCUGUAAACCAGGAGUUAUCCAACCUUUUCAAUGAGCUCUGGAGGCUGGAUGUGAACCGCAUGAAGCCUGGGAUAGACUACACUAUCUCUGUUCAGGGUAGAGCAGGGUUUGUGAACCAGGGCAGCCAUGUUGUCCUGGAUCGCGCCUCACUGCCUCUAUUCUCCAACGUUAAUGAGAGCAAACUGAGGAACAUAACCACUUUCUCUCUCUUCAUGAAACUCCUGGACAACUAUGAGCGGUCGACAGGCAUCACAGAGCGAGUCACUCCAGAGGAGCUGACAGAGAUAAAUCUGUUCUUGGAUGCUGUUUUAGAGACACAAGUCAUGAAGCGGGCUCAUCAGUACCUGGUGAGCAAAGGAAAGUCCAGCUCCGACUCGAGGCAGUUUAAGAAUCAGCUUAACUUGAUCUGGUUCCAUCUCUACCACCGGCAGAGAAACACAGGCCCUGACUCUUGUGGAUUUGAACACAUCUUUGUUGGAGAAACCAAAUCUGGAACAGAAGUAAUCGGCUUUCACAACUGGGUCCAGUUCUUCCUGCAGGAGAAAAACAGUCAUUUGGACUACAAAGGCUACAAGGCCAGAGACCAGGACUUGCCUGAUCAGGACGACCACGUCCUGAACCUCCAGUUCAGCUGGCACGGUGUGGUGAAGCCCGUCGGCAGCGCCUUCAUCGGCACCAGCCCCGAGUUUGAGAUGGCCAUUUUCACCAUCAUCUUCCUCAUGAACACAGAGCGAAGCACCACGGUGCUGGUCAACAUCGACCAGUGUCAGAUGGAGCUGGUGGUCAUCAGGCAGGGCCGCUGUCUGGGGACGGCGUACCCCAAACUGCUCAGCAGCAACAGCAGACACGUCAGCCAGCACUCGCACUGACUCCAGCUGCAGCUCAAGUGGUCUUUGCCUAAAGACAGGUGGUGAAAUCUACGUCCAGCAGGAGAAUCAUAGUCUGUUCUGAUUCUAAAAUGUAUCUAAGGCUUUUAAUGAAACAGUUCUGAUGGUGUUACUGGCGGAACGGGAUUUAUUUGAAAAAGUGUAACAUGUUAAGCUAUAAGAACCUUAUAUUAAUCAUCGCCAUGAAUAAAAGUAAUCAUCAGUGUUGUAGUGAUCCAAAAAUAUUAUUUCAUAUAAAAAGAAGCGUAUUAACUGUACAAAAUUAUCUUCUAAAGAGUGUUAAAUCAUUAAUGUCUUUGUAUUUAAGGACAUUUGAUUACCCUGUUGAAGUUUUCUGGUUGAAGCAAUCAGAUUUUAUUAUUUGAAAUGUUCUGUUCUGCCUUCCUAACAAGGUUCCCAUGACGUUUGGAAGAGAAGCCGGCCCACAGAGUCAUAGGUCAUCUACCGUACUGUAGCAUCCUGUAGCAUGAUUUAAAAAAUAAAUAAAUAAAUAAAUGUAUCCCUUUCUGUACAACAAUCAAAGGUCACCCUUACACUGCUGAAGUUCUCAGAUGCUCAUUAAACAAGGUGAUUUAUUUUACACCUCAUCAUUCUCUUCACUGAAUGUGAUAAAAAAAAAAAAACUUAUAUUUUAAACUGAUCACAUGUUCAACUUUUCAUUUCUAACUUUUAAAAUUCAAGUCACAUCUGCCUUACUUGGAGGACAUGUUGUCUUGUCUUUCCCAUUUUGAAGAGGAUUAGAGGAAAUCUUUCUUAGCCCAGAGAAGCAGGAAUAAACUUUAGAACUAAAACCUAAACAUAUUUGCUUCCUUUCAUUUAUCUUGUAGUAAUUGUUUUAUGUGAAAUAAUUGUGAUCUUUUGAUUUUGUUUUUUUCCACAUUAGAAAACAUUUAUUUCUAAAAUGUGGAUUUGUUUCACAGUAAGUAAAUAUGGGGUUCCAUUUGUGUCAAAAAUAAGUAGAAGUCACAGGUGAGUGUACAUGUGGAAGGUGCUAUGAACUUAUUUCUAGAUUAAAUGUAUUAAUACUUAACAAUCUGCUUCACAGUCCUAUCAUUCAAGUGGCAUUAGGCUAAAAAUAAAAGAAGUGCCUGUGAUGUCAUAUUCAUUCCGCUCUUCCUUUUUCUUUCCUGAAAAGAAACUUUCAGUAGUGAAAGUAAAAAUGUUCUUGUUGUUUCUUCAAUCUUUAUGUUUUAUUGGGUCUACAAUAAACAGAAAGUCUAAACUCUU